AUGAUAAACAAGAAUUGCCUUGAAAUUACUAAUUAUGAUGUGGAUAAUAUUAGUACAGAAAUUUAUAAUAAAACUAAUGAAAUUAUUAAUUUUGAUACAUCCAGUGUGUAUACUUUAAAUAUUAUGAAGUAUAUAGAUAUUGGGUUGCAAAUGUUUAACAUGGACCGAAAAGCAAAUGAAGAUGAGAUUAUAGUUAGUUCAAAAAAACAAACUGUUGUAUUAGUUCCACAACACAAUGAUUUUGAUGUUGAAACAUUAGCUAAUAAUAUAUCAAUGGAAGUUGAUUAUGACGAAAUUUCAGAAGUGCCAUCAAGUUAA